GGGUGUUGCUUGAUGGUAAUUUGGAUGUAUUGGUUGGAGUAAAACAUUGGAAAAUGUUCACAGAUAUUUUGCAGAAAGGUUUCUAUAGUUUGGGGUGCAGAAAAGCUGGUGAAAAAUCUUUGAUUGUAUGGGUUGGGGGAUAG